GAAGUACCACAUGGGCUCGCACGUGCUGAGGAGACGUAUACAGUAAGAAAGUAGUGAAUGAUGGAUAUUCGAUCCGUUAUAUAAUGUAGCUCAUAUUUACAUUCACAUGGAUUAACAGUGAUAGUCGUGUUAGUGAUAUAAAAAUAAUGGUGACAGCCGUUUAAUCACUCAGUAGUUUUUGCUGAAAGUGUGGUCAUUAUGACUCAGGCAGCGGUAGUACAGCUGCACCAAGAGCUCAGGAAAUGCUUUCAGAGUGUGAAGGAGAAUCAGAGUGUUUGGAAGAGAGUGCUGGAGGAGUGUACACCUUUAGUGAGUUCCUUAGGGAACCUAGGAGAACAGCUGAGGGCGCUAAAGAGCGUUCAGAUAGUCCACACUCCACUGAGGACUUUUCCAAACCUCCCAGAGCGCCUUCAGUACAAACUACUGAACUCUGCAGACACAGUCCUGAGGGAGUUCAGUGAGAAAGUAGAUGCUCUUGGCUUAGUGCGAGAUUCAGUCUGUAAGCAGGUGGCUGCUGUUUUCCAGCUGUAUGAACAAAACUCGGACGUCCUUCCUAUUAGCACAUGUGUGAUGAGAUGUGCUCUCUCCCCAUCUAUCGCUGACAUGCUGGAGUGGCUGCAGGACACAGAACGCUACUAUCGGAUACAAUACAUCCAGAGGAAGAACCUGUUACAGCUGCUGAAGCCCGAUGAUCUCACGCUUCUAGAGACAGCACCAAAGAGAUGGACAUCUUUAGAUUCACCUCGAGAAGAAGAAAGAAUUUCAGAUGCACUCUUUCAAGUGUCCUUCUUCAUGGAAUCUGAUUAAGUAACAUUUUAAUGGAAUCUGUGGAUUUCGCCUCAUCUUAUGUCAUGUGUUUAAUGUCCUCGUUGGAAGAAAUGUAUCCCAGUGACGCUACGAGCUCAUAUAAUUACCAGAUGGAAACGCUGUUACACAAGUUGUGACGUAUAAUGUCUGGUCCUUAUCAUCUCAUAUUACAACCUCUGUAUGAACUUGCUUUCGGUAGUUUACAAGAAUUAAAUCGUAGUUUCUUCCUGUGAAGAAUUUCCAGCAGGAGCAUCACAACAUGCUCAGUCAAUUCUGUAUUUAUGGACUUACACAGGAUCACUGAGUUGUUUUGUUGUUGUUUUCAUGGAUUUCUACAGCUGUAGUGUUAUUAAUAAAUGCUGCAGACUGCUGGAAGGAUACUAAAAUAUCUGCACAUUUUUACAUUAACACACUUCCUAUGGUUUUAACGAAGUGAUUUUAUAUUCAUUCAUUCGUUCAGUCAGAGGAAGCAUGGUUAUGCAAUAACUAAUUUGGUUGCUUUACUUAAAGUAAUUGGCUUAUUUUGAUACAGGACAUAUCGGUGUUUUGCUUACAUCAUGUAUGAGGUUCAAGAAUAUGACAAAACAAAUUGCACAUUUCAGCUUGGUUUCAGACCAUUUUAAUUUUAUUUUAGAAGCAAACAUUUCACAAACACUGGAAUCAUUUGAAAAAUUCAAAAAAACGCAGAAAUUUGAGACAAAACAUAGGAAUCUUCUUUGGGAACACCACCAACAGAGUAAAAUUAACGUUGCAACAAUUAAAUUAAUAAAUAAGAAAUUAUUUAGAAAUACUCUAGUGCAGUUAUCACUGUACACGUCAUGAGAACAUCACAGUAGUGAAAAACAAUACAAAUAGUUAAAGCUACCUCUAAAACACUACAGGACAGCUGUCGGUCCAAUCCUAGAGCUUCCACUAUGUGUAUUUUACAUAACUGACCCUGUUGUACCCUUCUAUAAUCUCCAUUCAAGUUUUAUAGAAAUGCCAUUGCUUGCCUUCUACAUUAGACAUACUCCUUAAGAGGUACGCUGUUGGUGGUGAUGGGUUUCGGGGGAUCCAGUGGGGACGGCCUGGAAUUAGCAAAGCUGCGGCCCAUGUAGCCACGUCUGUAGUGUCCUUUCUCGAUGUAGGAGCAGGUGGUGCUCAGCACAAUGCCACUGAUGAUGAGGAUGACUGCGGCCGCCCAGCCCAGAUAGAUGGCCUGGCCCAGCUCGCGCUUCUUCUGGAUGGGAACGUUGGGGUUGUAGAAGUCCUGCACCACUGUGUUGGCUGUCCAGGACACGGGAAUGAGUACACACAGGCCUGUUAGGAUGAAGAGCACCCCGCCGGACAGCGCUAUGCCAGCCUUGGCAUGGCGAUCAUCCCCGGCGCAAGUGGUGCACUUCAUUCCGCAACAGGACACCGUGCAGGACAGCCAGCCCAGGAAAAUGGCCACACACAUGAGAGCGCGGGCCGCCUGAAUGUCUGGCGGCAGUGCCAGCAACGAGUCAUAAGUCUUGCAUUGCAUGUGCCCAGUGGUUUGAUAGAUGCAGUUCAUCCAGAUGCCCUGCCACACAAUCUCCGAAGUGAGGAUGUUGGGCCCAAUGAAAGCAGUGACCUUCCACUGGGGCAGCGCAGUCACAGCGAUAGCCAUCACCCAGCCAGUAACGGCACAGGUGAAGCUGAUCAGUUGCAUACCUGUAUUCACCAUGAUGCUACUGUCUCUGUACCACCCGUCGGGCCACAACCGGGACGACACUUUUUCUCCUGCUGCAGGUCUAGCUAGGGCUACUUGUCUGAUUCCUCUUCACUCCCUCCUCCAACUAUUCGUCACUUUCUGCCUUUCAGAUUCUCUUCAGGAAGCUCCUUUCUUGAAGAUUUCUUCAGACGAAUUAACACUUCUGUCCAAUCCUCGCAAAGUACAGGAGUUGCUUUUCAAAUGCUGUCUGCUGGUAUUCUCCUUCAGUUCUUUACCAUGCCGACUUUCUCCCUCUCUUUGAUGUAAUGAAUUAUUAAGAAACAAACCAGCGCUAUUGUUUGUUACAAGUCAGCCGUGGAAGACUCAAUCAACAGCGUGCCUGGAGAACCAAAGUUUAUCACUCGAAGGAGCAAGGAUGCUUUUCCCCCUUUCACGUUAAAAAAAAAAAAUCCAGCUUGUUACUGGAAUGAUAUUUUCUCUCCUGGUUUGGUGUUGCCUUACUCAGCUGGGUCAGGUAGAUUCAAUUUGAUACCAUACGGAACUACGAUUGAAGAUGGAUCUCAUCCAAGUGAACAUUUAAUCUCUACGCGCGCGCACACACAAAAAAACAGCUUUACAAAAAAAAUUAAGAUUGACGUCAGACAAAAGUAAAUACAAUGUCCACAAUCAUAAGGCUGAGAAUGUUAACAGUACAGUUAAACGGAAUGUUAACGGUGCUGUUAAACGGUACAAACGUUUUAGCUGAAACAGACUGGAGCCGGCUCAGAUAUGCAGGUGUGGAGAAGUGGAGGUCUUUCUAGUCUCCCAGGCUGUUGAGGGGAUCCUCUUGUGUGUUGAAGAGUAUGGUUAAUAGAAGCAGGAAUAUGCAGCCAGGACGCUGAGACUCAGGCCACUUGAGGACAGACAAAGACUAGAAGCUACUCUUCUGAACAAUAAAAUGGUGCCAAUCUGAUUGUCGAUCAGUCAGAGAUGCGAUCGUUUACUGAAAAACCUUAAACGUGUUUGGGAUGCCAGAUGCUGCCAUCUCUGGAAAACAGAAAACACUGGCUAAUAUCACUCUGUUCUUUACAAAUGAAUGUGUGGAGAGCCAGAGUGAGAGAGAGUGAAACAGGAGAGGGAGGGAGAGCACAUGAUCUGUAAAUGGAUUAAUUAGCACAAAGGCAAUCUAGGGGCCAUAAAAAUAACAGUUAAAUUUUCUCUGUGCAUUUAUUUUAAAUCACUUUAAAAUAAAAUAAUUUUAUUCAUUUUGUUAGCCAUAAAAAGUGACAAAUUGCUUGUAGUCAUUGUUGGUGAAUGUUUUCGUAAGACAAAUGUUAGAGAUGAGGACGUGAUCUGUAAAACAUGAUAAAAAACAAGCAACCUCUUGGAAUAUUUUAUGAAGAAAGGUAUGAAUUGUUAUUUCCAUUUAAACGUUGUCGUUUUCAAAAAUCUAUUUCAGGUUUAGCUUAUAAAUGGUUUUAAAAGUUUUUUUUUUAAAUUUGAUUAAAAUAGCUAACAGUUUUAUUUGCCAUUGUGAUCACUUUUUAACGACAAAAAAGUAUAAUCGUUUUACAAUUAGUAAUGAACAACUAACUCUGUAAAAUACAAAUCUAUCACAGAAUCCAUAUUUAUAAUAAUAAAUUUUUUUUUUUGCCAUUAUUUUUGAAUCAAGCGAAUGGCUUUUUGCGUGUGUGGGGCUCAAUUGUAUUCUCUCAGUUUUCUACGUGUAAAUAUCAGUGUCUCAGUUCAUGAAUUAUAUAUCAAGGAUACAAGAUCCCUGGUUCAAGUUUCCUUUUUUCAUGCAGACCCCCUCUCCUUGGCAACAGUGACCAUGACGACAGGACAGGAAUUGAAAUGAGCAGGGAGGAUCAGGUGCAGGUUGGGGGAAACACAAAAGACUGCAAAGACGGAAUGAUGGCAGAGAGAGAGCUUCGUUUGAGAAUCCGCAUACAAAAGGGCAGCAUGUAGUGAAACGUGGUUUAUUUCAACUGUUCACCUGUGUCACCGGCAUCAAACAGGAAAAUCACAUUACAGGUGAUGCCACUCAUAUUUAUGAUAUUAAUGAUCCAGCAAACCUUUUAAUAAGAUCAGAAGGAGGGUUACAAUUAUUCCACAAACGGUAUGAGUUGGUGAGUGUGACGUCCCAGCUUGCCUGUGCUGGGUUUGUCACGUUUCCAGUUCCGUUUGCCAGUGUUAUUGGCUCUGUGUUGUCUGUCUUUGGCCUGCAGGGGGAGCUUUCCAGUCCUAGUGACGUAGGCUAAUUGAUGGCGUGAUUGGGAGGUGGAUAAGUAUGGGCCUGGCAGUCUACCGGGGGUCUCUCCUACUCUCUCCUGGCGUUGGGGGGCCAGAGCGGGCUGCGCUUGACCCUUUUUUGCUUUACUUUUGGAAUACACUUCAUUAUGCUGACAUACACUACAGUUUUGCUUUAUCUUUCAUGUGCUGACUUUUGUAUAUAGUUAUUUUAUUUUACUUUAAUAAAUGUCUUUUGUUUACAGGUCAGACACUUUGUAAAGGAACAUAUUUCGGAUUUCCCAAUAAGACCACAAAAUUAUAACUUUUAUGAUACACUUCUCUUACAACCAAAUCCCAAACAUUUGAUUUCCCGCUUCGUCAUUACUUUUGAGACAUCAGCGAGUACUAGUUAUCUCAGGGAUACAUGGGAAAAAGAACUGGGAGUUCCACUGUCAGAUGAAAUAUGGGAGGAGAGCCUGUCCAAUGUAAGGAAGUGUUCUAUAAACUCUAGAUAUCGGUUAAUUCAAUUUAAAGUCAUGCAUAGACUGCAUUAUUCUAAAAUUAAACUUAAUAGAAUAUUUGAAUCGGUGUCUCCCAUGUGUGGUAGAUGUAACAGAGCCGAGGGUUCACUCGCACAUUUAUUCUGGUACUGUCCUGUACUGGACAACUUUUGGAGUGACAUAUUUAAUUGGUUCUCUAAGCAAUAUAAAACAAAUAUUCAACCAGACUGUAACCUGGCCAUUUUUGGUUCCUCUGAAAAGACAUCGACCCUUCCUUCCUACUGUAAGCAGGUUCUCAAAACAGGCAUGGUAGCAGCCAAAAAACUGAUAUUACUUAACUGGAAAUCUCCAUCUUCCCCAUGUUUUAAGAGGUGGCUCAACGAAAUGGUUUGGGUUUCUAGGAUGGAACAGAUUCGCUUUAGCAGAAGGAACUCACCAAAGUAUUAUGAAAAAGCAUGGAAACCAUUCUUGGAUUUACUUGAUGAGGCCUAAAUGACCAGUUUGUGAUUUGGGCUGCUGUGUGGGAUUGGUAAUAGUUUUAUUUCUGUAUUUUUCUUUGUAUUGACCAAGGUUCUGAUCUUUCUCUCAGGGUUUUUUUUUUUUGUUUUGUCUCUUUUUGUGUAUGUGUGGUUGUUCUGUGUCUUGAUUUGUUUUA